AUAAACUUCCUAUUAAAUUCUGACAAAGACAAAUAUUCCCCGACGAGACGCUGAUUGCAUAGUCUUGUUGCUCAGCCAAGCCGCAAGAGAGAGAAUCGCAGCGCGAGUUCCUUGCGGUAUUCCGCACCGCAUCAUAACUCUCCUCCGCGAGAUAUAAAAGAAGGAUGCAUUAGUUUAUAAUCGAUCCGUUUAGAAAGUUUUACAAGAUAUCUAUUUCUCGCGGUGUAUAUAUAAUGUACUCUAAUGUACAUCGCGCGAAGCCCUAACUUUACUUUCAUAACGUAAUAUUUUAGUGCGAUCGUGCCGCGUUUACACAUCCACAAAAUUUUAUGCCCGUCUAAUUUUUCGCCACGAUUUAUUGCAGCUUCGGCGCACAGCAGCUCUCGAGAGAUUAGAAAAUCUCGCUCUCCUGUAUAAACUGGGUCAAAAAUUAUUGCAUUAAGCGCAAGGCCGCAUCCCAAAAAGCGCACGUGAAUAAUAAACGAUAGAAAGGAUCGAGUUGCCGUUGCAGACAAUGUACAUAUAGAAGGGAGGGAGAGAGGAGGAACAGGUGCGCGCGUUAGAUAACACACGGAGAACGAGGCGAUGCUCCAGCGCCCGCAUGUUACCUCCUAACCAGCUCACCUACACACGUAGUCGCGUAUAAAUACAACCAGGCGCAGGGGCCCGUCGGUCACGGCUGGCCACCCGGAGUUCCGGGCCCACUUCCGGACGACGGCUCUCCCUCUUUCCUUUCUUCUCUGCGCGGCAGCGUUGCUUUUCUCUCUCUCUCUCUCUCUCUCUCUCUUGCGACGCGAACGAAAAAAACACGCAUCAGUCGCUUGCUCGUCGGCGCCGAGCGCGUUUAUAUAGUCGACGAGCUCGAGAGCCGAGCGGUGCAAUCCGCAGCUGUCUCUGCUGCCCGCGAGAUCGUCUCUCGAGAGAGUGAGGGAACUCGCCGCUGUGUGCGAAUGACUUUUCGAUCGCGACCACUUGUUGCCGGCGAGAUAUUCCUUUUUGCGCGCGAGAUUCCGAGUUUCAUCGCGUCGUUUUUUUCGCUCUGAGUGAUGUGCGCUCGCUGCUGAUCGAUAUAUUCUACUUUCUCUUCCUAUUGACUCGCUCUGCUUGCGGUAGAGCUGCGAUCGACGAUGGGAUUUUUCAAACGAGACGACGCGAGCAGCUGCUCGGACGAGUCGAGCGGUGCGGAGAUCUUCAAGAGCAUCCCCAAGGCCAGCAGUGCCUUCUGCAUCUGGAAAAUCGAGGGACUCAGGACCAUCUCGCUGGGUAGAACAAAGGUGGGAACGUUCCUCUCGGACUCGGCUUACUUGAUCUACGCUGCCUCGGCCAGAGACGGCGCGCUUCCCUAUCCCGGCAUGCCGACAAAAGAGCUGAAGGAUAGCCAGACGGUGAGGGCCGUCCACUUCUGGGUCGGCGCUGACUGCGACUCGAGCGUGUCCGGAGCAGCGGCCCUGCGCGCCGCCGAACUCGACUCCCAGCUCGGCGCGACGAUCCUCCUCCGAGAGGCCCAGGGCCGGGAGAGUCCCCGCUUCCUGGCCUACUUCCGGCAGCGACUCCUCGCCGUGGAGCAGCCGCGCUCGGACGAGGAGAGCCGCGGCGCCAGUCUGCACAGGCUCAGCGGCACCGGACUGCCCGUCCUCACCGAGCUCGAGCCGCUCGACUGGAGCAGCUUCUCGUCCCGCGACGUCAUCCUCCUCGACGUCCGCGACAGGUCGGUGCUGUUCCUGUGGCUCGGCUCGAACUCGGAGCCGCUGCACAGGAGCCACGCGCUCAAGAUGCUCGACGAGCGGAAGAAGAACAACAAGCAGGUGGCUCGCGUCUUCGUGGUGGAGGACGGCUACGAGAAGACGCUCCAGCCGGAGGGCCGCGAGCUCCUGGACGAGAUCCUCGAGCCCUCGAGGCGCUUCGUAUCCCCGGAGCCGCUGGUGCGAACCUACCCGGCCUCGAGCAGCAUCAAGCUGUACAAGUGCAACGAGCAGACCGGCAAGUACAAGGUGGCCGAGCUCAAGUCCGGGCCGAUCUUACGGACGGACCUCGAGUCCGACAGCGUGUUCCUGCUGGACCGAGGCGAGGCCGGGGUCUGGGCCUGGGUGGGCAAGGAGGCCAACGCCAAGGAGCGGCUCGAGGCGCUGCGCAACGCCCGGGGCUUCGUCAAGAAGAAGGGCUACAGCUCGAGCGUGCCGGUCGGCCGAGCCCUAGAGGGCCACGAGCCGCCGGAGAUGCGCUGCUGGCUGCGGGGCUGGGCCGAGAGCAAGUCCAGGCCGCUCAUGCUGCCGGCCAGCUUCGAGCCGGACUACAUGAGCGAACGGCCGAGGCUGGCCGCCGAGUGUCAGCUGGUCGACGACGGCACCGGAGAGCGGAGCCUCUGGAGGUCCAAGGACGGCGCGGCUCUGGAAGAAGUCGACGAUUUCGGGCUCCUCUACGCCGGGGCCUGCUACGUGCUCAGGUACAAGUACGGCUACGGACGCAGGACCAGGUGCAUCGUGUACUGCUGGGAAGGCGUUCAUUCGGCCUGCAACGACAGGGAGGCCGCUUUGGAGGCGGCCUGCGCACUGGCUGAGGAGGAAUCGGCGCAACUGGUGAGAUCGUCGCAGGGCAAGGAGCCCGCGCACCUGCUCCAAAUUUACAACGGCAAGCUGACCAUACUCACUGGGCCGCACAGGACUGCACCUCCCAACAAGUAUCUCGUCCGAGUCUACGGCUCGACCCCGUACAAGUCCAAGGCAGUGGAGCGGCCGCUGCGGGCGAGCAGCUUGGACUCGGGAGGUGUGUUCAUUCUGUUCUCGGCUUCGCCGGUCGUCUGGUGCGGCAGCAGGAGCACCGGCGAUGCCAGGGAGGCCUCCAGGAGACUGGCCCCACCCACGGCUCCCCUCCUCUGCGAGGGAAAGGAGGACGACGAGUUCUGGACUCAGCUCGGAGGCAAGGGAGUCUGCAACAUGGAGAGCGUCGACUACGACGAGGAGGAGAUGGAGAAGCACUUUUACCACUUGAAAACCGAGAAGGACGCGUUCAUCGGUGACGAGAUACUGGGCUUCGCGCAGAGCAGUCUGCUCCCCGAAGCGGCUUGGCUCCUCGACGCCGGAAACGUCAUCUGGCUCUGGAUCGGCAGCUAUACCGCGCACAAGCCGUUGAAGGAGUACGUCGAGGAGGCCAAGAUCUUUCUUUACACUCAUCCUGCCAGUCGAGAUCGAAACACGAUAAUAUCCGUUAUAAAACAAGGAUUGGAGCCUCCAACUUUCAUCGGACUGUUCGACAAUUGGAAUCACAAUUUGUUGAGAGACUACAGACCACUCGGAGCUCUGAGAUCGAGCGUUCAGGAGCAGGACGCGUUGAUAAACGACAUCAUGGCUAUCAAGAUGGCCUCGGAGUUCGACAACUUCGUCAAGUACCCGUUGACGAUCCUGAGAAACGAUCCCGAGAAGCUACCCCCGGGAGUUGACGUCUCGCGCAAAGAGUUGCACUUGACUUUCGACGAUUUCAUGUCGGUCUUCAAGAUGGAGCCAGCGGAAUUCGAAAAGUUACCCACUUGGCGACGUCAGCGACUCAAACAGACGGCCGGACUUUUUUGAAGCGAAGAUAGUUAAUCAAACAGUGAAUUGCCUUGUAAAAUACUUUAUCAUUUGAGAAAGCUGAGCUAUAUAUUUAUACAAAAUAAACGAUUAUUGUACAAUGAAAAAAAGAAA